AGCACAAAUAAAUGGGAAGACGAGCCAGGCGACUGUGUACACAGCAGCAAUUCAGCAGGGAGCAACUGGAGAACAAGAGCGGAGGUGAACUUGGAAAAGUGCAGAGGAAAUAGACACUUGCUCCUAAGACACAGGGCAUCAAGUCCAGGUACACGUGUUUUCAGCCCAAAUUUGAGACAUUUAUCUCCUAUCUCUACCUGCCCUGUACACACCUGCAACAGAACCAUGUCUUUGGCAGUGAAGGAGAAGAGCCAAGUGCGCCUGGUCUUCCUGGGAGCAGCUGGGGUGGGCAAGACAGCCCUGAUCCAUCGCUUCCUGCUGGAUACCUUUGAGCCAAAGCAUCGGCGGACGGUGGAAGAGUUGCACACCAAGGAGUAUGAAGUGAAUGGAGCAACCAUCAAAGUUGAGAUCCUGGACACCAGUGGUAGUUACUCUUUCCCGGCAAUGCGUAAACUAUCCAUCCAGAACAGUGAUGCGUUUGCAUUGGUCUAUGCUGUGGAUGAUGCAGAAUCCUUUGAAUCUGUCAAGAUUUUGCAUGACGAGAUCCUUGAGCUGAAAGAGGAUAAGUUCCCACCCAUUGUGGUGGUGGGCAAUAAGGCAGAAGCAGGAGGGCUGAGACAGGUGCUACCAGAGGAUGCCCUUUCUUUGGUGGAGCUCGACUGGAACAGUCGUUUCCUGGAAGCCUCUGCUAAAGAGAAUGAGAAUGUGGUGGAGGUCUUCAGAGAAUUACUCCAGCAAGCCAACCUGCCCAGUCGGCUGAGCCCUGCCCUGCGUAGAAGGCGGGAGACCUUUCCCAAGGAGCCGCCGCUGAGGCCCCCCAUGAACAAAGCCAACAGCUGUGCCGUCUGUUGAACUAUGCCUGGACUGCAGCUGCAAGACUUUUGGAGAACUCUAGUGGGCUGCGUACAGAGGCCAGGUAGCAUCCCUCGUAUCAGUGUUGUGGUAUUCUGUAAUUUUGGGGCUAGGAGCCAUUAGCAAAACUUGAUGGGUUGUCAUGACACAGUAUUUUUUGUUCUGGUGCCCCAAAGCCACAAACGUGUGGGCUAUUUCAUGCAGUGAGCUUUGAGUUGCAACCCAAGACUUGGGAAGCCUUCUCUGCCCGAGCAAAGUAGAAGAGUCCUAGUUCUGCCCUGUUUUCCUCAUCCCUACCAAGUGUUAAUUUUGAGAUGGAAAGAGAUGUGAAUAAGUUAAGUUACACCCUGGUUGUGGAUCCAGCUUGGUCAAGGUGAAUGAUGAACGGAUGGUCACACGGACAGCCAUCGGUGGCAACACAGCCGUCAUUUACAAGGUGUAUUGCAGGUAUGCUGAAGGGAAGCAUUUGGAAGUGCCAAAAGAACAUUUAAUUCCUUGGGACGCGUGUUUAUCAUUUACACUUUGUGAAUGACCGAACAUUUCUUGAUAUGUUUGAAAAUGAGGAAAGAAGAAUGAUUUCGCAUCCAUUGAACCGCAGGUCCGCGUGUACAUAUAUGUGCAUGUGUUGUCUCCCAGACAAUCUAUGUUUUUACUCCUAAUGUCUGCAUUGACUGUUUGCAUGCAUGUGCUCUUGUGUGGAUUUGCAGUGAACUUAUCACUGUCUGAGGUAUAUUCACAUUGUAACACCUGGCAAGUUGGUCUGUGCCCCACUGAGUGUUGUGUGUUUUUUAAAAACCUUUUCAAAUGUUGUAUCUAA